AUGGCGGACUCGGAUCCAGAUGGGCAGAAUUGCACGGAGAAUUCCCACAAGCCGGCCAAGGGCGGCGCGGAGCCCGAGAAGAGAUCGCCCAACAAGGGCAAGGAGAAGAAUUCGAAGACCGGCAAGGAGAACGUGACGCGGGUGGUCGUCGUGGCGUUGACUCCGGAAAGGCGGAGGGAAACGUGGAACAAAAAAGUCGAAUUUCUUCUCGCUGUUAUCGGAUUCGCUGUGGAUUUGGGAAACGUCUGGAGAUUUCCGUACAUAUGCUAUCAGAAUGGUGGCGGUGCUUUUUUAAUACCAUAUACGAUAAUGUUGAUUUUUGGGGGGCUGCCUCUGUUUUAUAUGGAAUUGGCGUUGGGUCAGUUCCACAGGAGCGGCUGCUUGACCAUUUGGAAAAGGAUAUGCCCAGCUUUGAAAGGCGUGGGUUAUGCUAUAUGUCUCAUAGACAUUUACAUGGGGAUGUAUUACAACACGAUCAUCGGCUGGGCUCUGUACUACCUCAUAACUUCCUUCCAAUCGGAGCUACCUUGGACGACGUGCAAGAACGAAUGGAACACGAUUAAUUGCAAGCCGGUGACUGAGCUGCUUCCUAACAUUACUGCUUCCAGUCCGGCCAGGGAAUUCUUCGAACGAGAGGUUUUGGAACAAUACAAAUCCGACGGCCUGAAUCGAAUGGGUCCUAUCAAACCAGCGUUGGCCUUGUGUGUUUUCGCCGUUUUUAUACUGGUGUAUUUUUCCCUUUGGAAAGGAGUAAGAAGUACCGGCAAGGCUGUGUGGAUUACUGCCUUGGCUCCUUACGUGGUUCUGAUAAUUCUGCUAGCAAGAGGAGUAUCACUUCCCGGAGCAGCCGAAGGAAUCCGAUACUACCUCACGCCCGAAUGGCACAAAUUAUACAACUCAAAGGUGUGGAUCGACGCUGCAUCUCAGAUAUUCUUCUCGCUGGGUCCGGGCUUCGGGACCCUACUGGCGUUGUCCAGUUACAACAAAUUCAACAACAAUUGCUACAGGGACGCCAUUUUAACCAGCAGCAUCAACUGCUUGACUAGUUUCUUGGCGGGCUUCGUUAUAUUCUCAGUUUUGGGGUACAUGGCUCACGUGCAGCACAAGAGCAUCGAGCAAGUCGGACUGGAAGGGCCUGGACUGGUGUUCAUUGUAUAUCCCGAAGCAAUAGCCACGAUGAGCGGCUCGGUUUUCUGGUCGAUAAUCUUUUUUCUGAUGCUCAUCACGCUGGGUCUGGACAGCACGUUCGGGGGCUUGGAAGCCAUGAUUACCGCCCUGUGCGAUGAGUACCCCAAAGUGUUGGGAAGACAUCGAGAAACGUUCGUAGCAGUGCUUCUGUUGGGUAUAUACAUUUGUGCCUUGCCAACGACCACAUACGGUGGUGUUUACUUGGUGAACAUGUUGAACGUUUACGGUCCAGGUUUGGCGAUUUUGUUCGUCGUGUUCGUAGAAGCGGCCGGAGUUUGCUGGAUAUACGGAACGGAUAAUUUCGCAAGAGACAUCGAAAAGAUGAUCGGCCAUAAGCCCGGUUUGUUUUGGAGGAUCUGCUGGAAGUACAUAAGCCCUGUUUUUAUAUUGAUUAUCUUCAUAUUUUCGAUGGCGAGUCACGCGGAUAUGCUUGGCACGGAGUACCAUUAUCCCGAUUGGAGUUUGAACGUUGGAUAUGCACUAACUGCAUCGUCUAUUAUGUGCAUACCGAUAUACAUUUUGUACAAAUUUGCUAUCACUCCGGGAGUUUUUUCGCAGAGGUGGAAAAUGAUUUGGCAGGCGGAGCAUUCGUCCGAAAAUAGUACCCUAACUUACUGUGGAGGUACAGAAGUGUGA